CAAACUUCCACACAUAGCCCAAGCAUGACAGCUCCAACAAAAACCCCUCCACAAACGGGGACCUCUAUUAUGGCGCCGCGAGGAAGAGGGAGGCCCAGAAAAAACCCAAUUGGGACAAUUUCCGGACCACCGAAGACUCCUGCGGCUCAAACCAUUCAGCGAUCUUCUCUCCCAACGCCCCCGGUGACAGUAACCUCCAACCCCCAGGAUAGCUCGCUACCGUUGAUAAUUUCCUCUCCUCUUUCUACUCCUACAUCCGCACCCCUACUCAACCAAAAUUCCCAGCUCCGAUCAAGGGGUCCUGGCAGCGAGAGCAUCAACAACGAUAACAUCUCCGAAAUCCCUAGAAAUCCAACACCCCAGAGCGUGAGAGCCGCACACGCCGCCCCUCCACUGGGACAUCGUAAAGACCCACAAUUCGUGACCCCGUCACUCGUGUCCAGGACGCCGACACCUCCGGUAUCAACCCUUCAUCCCACCCCUCUGACAACCACUACUGCGGCUGCAACCACCUUUGGACCCAACCAUCUCAACAGUUUUCCAACAAAGAUGGUUUCAUCCAACUCAACAGUUGACUCCGCUCACGGGCCCCAGAAAAUGGAUCAUAGCCCUGCAGAGCAUAACGAACCUGGGGAUAGUCGUGAAGAAACUGGAGCACCCGCCGGACCUUCCGACAAGCAAAAAUCCCUUGUUGUCAAAUUGCCCUUACCAAAGUUAUCACAACCGAAAGAGAACCCACCUGUUAUCGACCUUACCGAUCCCACUCCGGAGCCGCAAUCUAUCAACCCUUCUCCUAAUCCAGAGUCUGCAGCAACAAACCUUCGUGAGGCACAAAAGACUAAACAAACCAGUCCCGAGCCUAGUGUAAUGCCAGCGAAAACCCCAAAACCAGAAAUAAUUCUUGCGGAGCAGCCUGUUUCCCAUAUUAGGAGAUCUAUUGUCGGGAGGAGAUCUAGAUACAACCCUGACACAAUCGUCAUGGACCUCCUCCGGACCAUAGGGAGGCACCCUACUCUCCCAGCGCUCAAUUCUGGACUGGAGGUGUUAAAGGAUACCCUGCCGAAUUACUUUAGUGGACCAGUAGAUUUGACCACAGUUCGUUGGGAUAUAUUAGAUCCACCCCCACCCUUUGCUCAUAAUGAUGAAACGGAGGAUGAGGCCGAGAUCCUACAUAGGUCCCUGGGAGCUGUUGGGGUAGGUGGAGGCCUGGUUGGUGUUGUGGCUUCGCCUGCGCCUGCUCCGCGUAAAAGAGGACGUAAAAAGAAGGGCGAUGUAGCUUCUAGUGUUCCUGGCCAUGCGCCCCUGGCGUCUACAGGCACCCCCUUCCCACGCCCACGAGGUAGGCCAAGGAAGGGGACGUCCAUAACACCAAUCAGGAGUACUAUAAUCAAUGUCUCGGGAGACGCAGGCGGACCAUCCAACAAAGCUAGUUUUACGCAGCCAACUGGAGCCUCUGUGAGCGGUGCCGGUGUCCCGGGCGAGGGACCCUCCCCCCGCAUUGGCUCCUCCGAGGCAGGUGGGAGACAGAGGGCAUCGGUAGGUGCCAGUGGCUUGCGAAAUGUCUCAACUCCCUCGGGAUCCAGUAUCGCUGUGUUGAUCCCUCCGCUGAGUGGGGCAUCCAAAUCUGAGUACCUCACCACUCCGUCCAACGACCGAAAGAGAAAGUCGGAGGAACGAGCCGAGGGUGGGAGGGCUGGAAAGACCCCGAAGCUGAGCGUGAAAUCUCGCUCCCAAAAGUCGGGUCGUCCAGAGCCCUCCGGAUUUAAGAUUUUUGAGUGUCGUUGGAAGCAUUGCCGUGCAAGAUUGCACAAUUUCGAAAACUUGCGAAAGCAUGUGUUUAAGGCACACAAAAAACUGACCACUUAUAAUGCUUAUGCAUGCCUUUGGGCAUCCUGUCAUCGCGAGCCCCCCGAAGAAAUGAAGAAAAGGGCAAUAGAGCUCGGGACAAUUCUCCCGGACAAGAUAUCUCACGAUUUCAAGAUAGGCGAAGAGUGGGAGGCCCAUAUAGACGAGAAUCACCUAGCGCAGGUCAAGGAGGAACUAGGCCUCGGCCCCGCGGUGCUCCCGAGUGACUGUGAAUCUGGAAUAAGUGACGUGGACUAUAUGUCCGACCGUGAUGGACACCCGGUAACUCCCCUCGCUGUCCUCGCUCCCCCAGGAUACCGGUUUACCCCCCCCCCGGGCUUCCCGGUAAACCCGCAAUUUAGACUCGCGCACGGGUUACCAACACCGCCUGCCCGUAGGAGACGUAACGCGACCGGUCGGGAGGGGGCACUAGGAGUGGUUAGAAAUCUGGCGGCCGGCUCGUCCGACCCUGAAAAGCCGGAUGAUGAUGACGAUGAAGGGUGGAAGGCAGACCAGAUUCCGGUGGUGGAGGAGGAAGAUGUCCAGAUGAGGGAGGGAAAUUAGACGUAGAGGUAAACGCCGUGACUACUGCCCGUAUCCUAGUUUGCUUGGGAGAUAAUUUGCCAUUAUUCUUUUUUUCUCUUAUCUUUUUCCACUGCCUUCACUUGGAGAGGCCAAUGACUCGGCGAUGUUGCAAUGUUUUUUGUAGUUCAGAAACCCCGCAUCUUUGCUCAGAUACCGCUUCUUUUUUUUUUCUCCCCCUUUUUCAUACUUCAAUUCUACAAGAUUUUCCAAAGCUCUGAAUACCUCUUGUCGAUUGUUUUCCGAUUGCUUCCCUUUGCCCCCUUGAAUUCCAGCUUGCAGAUUCGCGCCGAAAAAAGGUAGCUAUUAUCUGCCGAAUUUCUUCCUUCUCCUUUCCCCUCAAUUGUCUGCAUAGCUACGUUACUCUAAAGUGACAAUUGCAUAAACACAGCGAUCCAGAAGCACGAAGUAUAUUUUAGUUAGUCUAGUCUAGCUUACUUUUCCCGCCCGUUUAAUUUCUUUCCUUUCCGAUCUUUUCAUUUUCCGGUCGGAGCUUCCCUAUAGGGUUUGUAUGAACAUGGGAAUUGAUGUAUAUCAAUCGCCUGGCUUGACAGGUAGGGGUGGUGCGUCGGAUAGAUGAAUGGAGGAAGGGAAUGAGGGAAUUGAUAGGACAUGUUUGCGGAAUUAAAUGUACGAUAGCUUUCCAAACACCAAUGACC